ACAAGAGAGAGAGAAAGGGGGAUGAAGGAGAGAUAGAGUCUCCUCCUCUUCCUCAGCAUCCCAGCUGACAAGUGGAGCAAAGCUUCAGUGACACAAUCCAACUCGCAAAGAGACGCACGCACGCAGCGAGACGCAGAGACAGAGAGAGACACCGGAAGACGCCGGGAGACACAAGGAGACACCGGGAGGCACCGGGAGACGCGUCGAGAGUUCCCAGAGUUGGCGACAUGGACCGGAGGAUGAACUUGAGCGGCGGCGCGGCGGACAUUUUCCACAAAACUCUGAGCGCCGUGUCCGGCAAAAAGAUGGACCCCUUCAGGACCGGCAUCGAGCUGCCGCCCCGAGAACGCCAGUCGCCGAUCGGCUGCUUCGACCAGGGCGACCCGGACCCCAUUCAGCCCGGAGGACUGGCGGGGGUGCGAGGGGGCGCCCUGGGCCUGCCCACCGGGUCCCUGUGCGUCAAGUACGGGGAGAGCGCCAACCGGACGUCGGCGGCGGCGGAGAGCAGCGGCGGGGAGCAGAGCCCCGACGACGACAGCGACGGCCGCUGCGACAUGGUGCUCCUGGCCGACGCUCGGACCGGGGUCCCGGGCAAAGCGGAGGGCGGCAAGAAGACCAAAGAGCAGAAGAUGCUGCGGCUCAACAUCAACGCCCGGGAGCGGCGGAGGAUGCACGACCUGAACGACGCCCUGGACGAGCUCCGGGGGGUCAUCCCGUACGCGCACAGCCCCUCCGUGCGUAAACUCUCCAAAAUCGCCACCUUGCUCCUCGCCAAGAACUACAUCCUCAUGCAGGCGCAGGCCCUGGAGGAGAUGCGGCGGCUGGUGGCCUACCUCAACCAGGGCCAGGCCAUCUCCGCCGCCUCCAUACCGGCCACCACCGCCCUGGCGGCCCCCCCCGGCCUCGGCGCCUACGAGCAGCCGCCCGGAUACCCCUUCCCCGCCGGGGUGGCGUCGUCCUCCUGCCCUGACAAAUGUGCCCUGUUCAACAACGCCACCUCCAGCCUGUGCAAGCAGUGCACCGACAAGCCUUGACCCCUCCUGGACACAAUGGACGCUUUAUGUGAGGGGGGUGGGAGGGGGUGGGGGGGGGACGGGAGGCCGAGUCCGUCAAGGUUAGAGACUUCCUGCUGAUGAAUACUUUUGUAAUAUCGCCAUGUUUUGUUAAGACAAUACUUGAUUGUGUACAUAAGUCGUCCUUCAAGUGCUGGUGUGAAUGCAAAAGUCAAGACCGACCUGGCAACUUCUUUCCCACUUUUAAAAAGGGGGGGUCCGACCCCCCUCUGCUGCUGCCCUUUUUUCUUUCUGGUCGCCAACUUCCAAGUAGAACACGAGGAAUGUCACAAAUGAGGAAGAGUGUUUUUAUUUAUUCUUUAGGAGAUAUUUAACCCCCCCCCCCACCGAGAGUUUCAUGGGGUCUUUUGUGUCUUUGGACUGUGGCUUGCAUUGCACACGCUGGUUGUCAGGUCACGGAUGGCUGUGUAGAUACUUGACUUCUUCUCCGGGCAGACGGCUCGUUUUAUGUAUUUCAGUGUGGAAAAGCUUUAUUAAAAUAUUUUCAACAACAGACUAAAAUAGCACUUCUUAUUCCUGAUAUUGUUGAUUGUUUGACCAAGGGCAUGAAGGCACCGGAGCAUCCUCCUAAGGAUAAAUUAAUA